AACCCAAGUCGCAAAUCAACGCAGAUAAAGUUCGCGCCGGACCCAAUUCCCAUAACAUUCGCCUUUACUCUCUCUAGAGUUUCCACAACCCUCAUAAUGAAUUAACUCUAAUAAUCCCAAUUGAGCUUAUCUCACCCUAAUAUCAAAUCCCUUGUUUCUUCCCCAUGUAUAGUAAUUAAAUUUAUCAAGAAAUGUGCAAAAAGUACUGUUUCUAAGAUUUCUCAGUAAUGUACAGAUCUGUACACCUCUUGGUCUUCGAAGGUUAGUUUUGGAAUGAUGAUUUUGACGUUGUGGGAUUGUUGUACUUUUGCUGAUCUCUAGAUCGAUAAUUUUAUAUAUUUAGGGGGAUUUUUUGUCAAAGAUGGGAGCUUUAGUUUUGGGACUGUUUAUGAACAUUUCUUUUGAGCCGUACAUGGAUUAAUUUGUUAAUGCUAUGUAGCUCAUAAUACUGGCAGGAUUUUCGUCGAAAUUUUUUAAACCUUUUCUUUUUCUAGGUAUCGCAGUUUGAUUGCUGUGUGUUAAAGUGUAGUUUUAAGAGAAAUUUUGUGGAGGGCAUAUUGUUCGGUGAGAUCCAUUCGAGUCGGAUUUGCCCAUUAAUCAUUGAUAUCAACUGUGUAUAGAGAAAUAUCUGGUUUGGUGCUCAUAUUAGUGUUUGUAAAUUAUGUCAUUUAAGAGUAUACUUCAGGAUAUGAAGGGGGAGUUUGGGAGCAUAUCUCGAAAAGGGUUUGAUGUGAAGUUUGGUUAUGGUUUGAGGUCAAGGUCUCUCCGGGUAGUUCAGGAUAGUUCUAUGACUUCAACAGAUGCUUUGAAACAGAGUUGUUGGGCCAAUAUGCCACCGGAGCUCUUGAGGGAUGUGUUGAUUCGGAUUGAGGAGUCCGAGAGUACAUGGCCCCCAAGAAAGAAUGUGGUUGCCUGUGCUGGUGUUUGUAGGAGCUGGAGAGAGAUCAUGAAGGAAAUUGUCAGAACCCUGGAGGUCUCUAGCAAGCUAACUUUCCCCAUUUCCCUGAAGCAGCCUGGUCCAAGAAACACCCCAGUUCAGUGUUUCAUAAAACGGGAUCGUAGUAACCAAACAUAUCGCCUUUACCUCAAUUUGAAUCAAGCUUCUAAUGAUGAUGGGAAAUUCCUACUUGUUGCUCGGAGAUGUAGACGACCUACGUAUACAGAUUACAUAAUAUCUCUAAAUGCUGACAAUGUGUCAAAGGGAAGCAGCACAUACAUUGGGAAGUUGAGAUCUAAUUUUUUGGGAACCAAGUUCAUAAUUUAUGACGCACAGCCACCAAAUGCCGGAGCCAGAGUUGCUAAAUCUCGUUCCACAAGGUUGAUUGGAAUGAGACAGGUCUCUCCCAGGGUCCCUGCUGGGAACUAUCCUGUGGCGCACAUUUCGUAUGAGUUGAACGUCUUGGGUUCAAGGGGUCCGAGGCGGAUGCAGUGUGUCAUGGAUGCUAUACCUGCUUCUGCUGUUGAACCUGGAGGUGUGGCUCCCACACAAACUGAAUUUCUGACUGGAAACUUAGAUUCCUUCCCAUCCCUACCGUUUUUCAGAUCAAAAUCAACUCGUACAUAUAGUUUCCAGUCUGAAUCUUUGUCGCCUGAAAGAGAUGAAAGGCUAGUUUUGAAAAACAAGGCACCUAGAUGGCAUGAGCAACUCCAAUGUUGGUGUCUCAAUUUCAAUGGACGUGUGACGGUUGCUUCUGUGAAGAACUUUCAGCUUGUUGUAUCAAUUAGUAAUGGAUCCGGUGGACAAGAGCUCGAGAAUGUUAUUCUCCAAUUUGGGAAAGUGGGAAAGGAUGUGUUCACCAUGGACUAUCAGUAUCCAAUAUCUGCUUUCCAGGCAUUCGCCAUCUGUCUCAGCAGCUUUGAUACCAAAAUUGCCUGCGAAUGACUUCAGGGCCAGCUUCGGAGGCAAUAUGAGCUGCAUGAAUAUGAUUUCGGCAAGCUUCAAUAUCUGCCUUUUUUUCUUUAUUGAUGUGUGGCUCUUUAAUUCAGCAGGACUUUUCCUUUUCUUCCC